AUGCCUCUCAUGGCAUUCCCGCUGCCUUCCCUGCUCUCCACUUCCCAUCUGCCGCCCAGUUGUGUGUGCCUGCCAGAGAUGGCUCUAUGUGCUGCCACCGUCGCUACCAAGCAUAUUACCACAGCCAUCGUUGUCAGCAUCACCACCACCAUCAAAAUCAGCAUCACCACCACAAUCAUCAUUAGCAUCACCACCACCAUCAAAAUCAGCAUCACCGAAACACCUUCAUCUGACCCAUCAGCACCAUCACCAUCAGCAUCAGCAUCUCAUCAAUCAACAUCAUCGCGAGCAGCAGCUGUCAUCUUCACCCAUCUGUUCGCCCAGCAGGGGCAGAGUCAUGCUGACACCUUCUGGCUUGACAGCGCAUCCACACACCAGGUGCGUUCCCUUCCUUCCGCACUCAAGGUGUGUUUUCCAGCUUCGCGCCAGGUAGUCACAGGCGGCACUCUCCGAUUGGAGAGCAGCAAGGGCGAUGUGACUAUACUGAAGGAGGGCAUGUGGGAGGGCGGCAUAUUCAGCUUCCUCGAAGAGUACCUGCAGCAGCACCAGUGUGUACCACAUGAGGUGGCGGCUUUGCCCUUUGACUUCUGUGGCGGCUGGGUUGGCUAUUUUGGGUACGAGCUGAAGAGGGAGUGCGGGGCGGAGCACAACCGCCACAGGUCGCCCUUCCCGGACGCGGCUCUCUUCUGUGUGGACCGGUGGGUGGUGCUGGACCAUACCCAGGGAGACUUGUAUGUGUGCGCUGUGGAGGAGAAAAGUAUGGAGAAAGUGGAGAGAGAGAAAGAUGGGAUGAAGGAGAUGAAUGAGGGGACAGGCGAGAAUGGAUAUAGCAGGAGUUGCGGCGACAGUGGUGGGGGUGCUGAUGAUGGUGUGUAUGCUGAUUAUGUGCUUCGGUGCGGUGCAGAGAGGGGAGAGCGGAGAGGGGAUAGAGGAAGGGAGGGCGAGAGGAGAGGAGGGGAGAGAGUAAGGGACAGCAGUGGAGAUGUAGCAGAGGGGAGCGGUGGAGAUGCAGCAGAGGGGAGCAGUGGAGAGGAAACGGAUGGGUGCAGAUGGGUGGCAGAGACAAGUGAGAAGCUGAUGGCCCUGUUAGAAAGAAGGGUUUCUCAAGCGAGAGAGGCAGAGGUAGCGGCUGCUGCUGAAGCAUUGCAAUUGAGAGAAACUGUAGAGGGUUUUGCAGUAGAUUCAGCUGGAGGGGACUCCGUAAGAGAAGAUGCAGAGGGUUUGACAGUUCUGUCAGAGCCCCUGGUGUUUGAGAGGUGUAGAGAGCGGUACAAGGCUGAUGUGGCGCGGUGCCUGGUGGAGAUUUCCAAGGGGGAGAGCUAUGAGCUGUGCCUCACCACCCGGCUUGAGAGUGAAUCUCAGCCGUCGGAUCCGCUUGGGGCGUAUCUACGGCUGAGGGAGCGGAACCCUGCUCCGUUUGCUGCUUGGAUGUGCAUGGGGGAGGCAAGGCAACACUUUAGGGGUGAGUCAAGCCAACGCUUUAGGGGUGAGGCAAGCGAAGACUCCAUGGGCGAGGGGAGAGAGGCGGGAUUGGGGAUUUGGGUGGAGGAGGAAGGGGAAGAGGAGGAAGAGGAGGAGAGGGAGGGAGAUGAGGGGAAAGGACCGAAGAGUGUGGGGGAAGAUGAGAAGCAACAGCAGCUGCAGCAGCAAAAAGAGUGGCAGGACCACCAGCAGCAGCAGCAGCAGCAGCAGCACCUGCAACACCACGAUGUGCUCCGUUCCCCCUUUGCUCUCUGCUGCUCCUCCCCGGAGCGGUUCCUGCGGGGUGACAGGCGGGGCAUGCUGUGGGCGAAGCCCAUCAAGGGCACUGUGAGACGCGGAGCAACGGAGGAGGAGGAUGAGCGGCUCAAGAGAGAGCUCAUAUGCAGUGACAAGGAUCGGGCAGAGAACCUCAUGAUCGUUGAUCUUCUCCGGAACGAUCUCGGGCGAGUCUCAACCAUCGGAUCGGUGCACGUCCCGUCUCUCAUGGUCGUUGAAUCCUACGCCACUGUUCACCAGCUCGUGAGCACUGUAGCAGCGCAGCGCCGCCCGGACCUCUCCCCUCUGGCCUGUAUUCGGGCAGCGUUUCCGGGCGGCUCGAUGACCGGGGCACCGAAGAUAAGAUCUAUGGAGAUCUUGGAUGAGAUCGAAGGGUCGGCGAGGGGGCCUUAUUCGGGAGCCUUGGGGUUUGUUUCGUUUUCGGGCACCUUUGAUUUGAAUAUUGUGAUUCGAACGGCUGUGAUGGGUGGAGAGUUGGGGGAGGCAUUGGAGAGGGAGGAACAAGCAGGGGAGGAUGGGGAGGGAGGAGUGAAGGCCUGGGACGUAGAGGGAGGAGGAGCGAGUGGAGAAGAGGAAUGGAUGAAGGGUGAGGGGGAGAAAGGGGUAAGUAAAGCUGCUGUGGAUCGGAAGAGGGGCAGACGGAAGGGCAGGACGAUGAUUGGAGCAGGAGGGGCAGUGGUGAUGUUAUCACAACCAGAGAGUGAGUUUGAAGAGAUGGUGCUUAAAGCGAGGUCCCUGUUUUGCUCCUUUUAUCAUUCUAUGGCUGCCUGCUUUCGCCUAGUUCCGACAGCUUCUUGCCGCUUGGAUCUGCAGAACCGUGCCGGACCCAUUCUCUUCACCGGCGCCUCCUCUUCCCCGUCCACUCCAAAAGCACUCAGCUUGUGCAACUCCAGGUCAGCCCAGUUCCUCGGCUCCUCUCUGCUCCGGCACUACCUUGGCGGCGAAGGCGCAAGGUCCAGGCAAGAAAGCAGCGCCAGCCGUGCGCAGCGCCGUUCCUGCAGCACGAUUGUCCACGCCAUGGCUGCAGCAGUGCUCCCACAGAACAGCCCCGUGGUCUCCCCUGCCUGGCUGCAUGACAACCUCUCCAAAGUCAAGGUCCUAGACGCCUCGUGGUACAUGCCUGCAGAGAAGCGCCAGCCGUUUGAAGAGUUCCAGCAUGGGAGGAUCCCAGGAGCGAUCUUCUUUGACAUUGAUGCCAUUGCUGACCCCACCACGGAUCUUCCCCACAUGCUGCCGACAGAGGCCGCCUUUUCUGCAGCGGCGUCGGCCUUGGGUUUGUCGUCUAGUGACAGCAUAGUGGUGUACGAUGGCAAGGGCAUCUUCAGCGCUGCUAGAGCGUGGUGGAUGUUCCGUGCAUUCGGCCAGCCACACGUGGCAGUGCUGGACGGCGGGCUGCCAGCCUGGCGGGCGGCAGGCUACCCGGUGGAGGCAGAGCCUUCCGACAAGGCGGCCGGGCGGCACAAGACGGCUGCUACCGCUAUCAAGGACAGUUACUCUACCAAGGCCGCAUCCAACCGCCUCCUCACCUUCAACGCCAAGCUACAGCCCAACCUCGUUCUGUCCAUUGAUCAGGUGAAGGCCAAUAUCGAGGAUAAGGUGUAUCAACUCAGCGAUGCCCGCUCUGCUGGCAGGUUCAAAGGCAUAGACCCUGAACCAAGAGCAGGAGUUCGAGGUGGAAGCAUCCCAGGAAGCUUCAAUGUCCCAUUUCCCGAGGUCCUGACGCCUCAGGGACAUCUAAAGCCUGCCGCAGACCUCACCCAAGCCUUCAAGAGUGCAGGAGUCAACAUUGAGGACCCCAAGCAGCCUCUCGCUGCCUCAUGUGGCACGGGAGUCACUGCCUGCGUUCUCGCCCUGGCUCUGGCUCGCCUGGGUCGCUGGGACGUGCCCGUGUAUGACGGCUCGUGGACUGAGUGGGGCAGCCUGCAGGACACACUGGUUGUAAAGGCGGAGUGA